UUAAUUUUUUCUUUGUUUCUGAUUAACAUUUACAAACCUUUUUCUAACAAUUAAUUAAUUUUUAGGCUUUUAGUUUAUUGAUACUUUUGAUAUUGUUCUCCUUAAUUGGUCAACGGCUUAGAAAAACUUAUCAUAAAGUAGAAAACAAAAGUUAUCAAUGGGAUAUUUUUAAUGUGUCACUCGUUCUGAGUUUUUCUUUUCAAGUGGUAAAUCAAAGCCUCUUAAAUUGUGUUUAUGUGUUUCAACUGAUUAAUUUAAUUUUACUUAAUCACCGUUAAUUAAGUUGAAAUAAGCGACUCUUAUUGCUUGCAGUUUUCGAAUUCAGAGACGAAUGGAAACUCAAACUGUGCUCAGAAAAUAAUCACACUUUUCAUGGUGGUUGAGUCGAUCAUCCUGUUACUCAUCUUGAAGGAAACACCGUUUUUUUGGUUACAUACAAGCAACUGUGUUGGCGGUGGCAGUGUCAUUUCCACCGUGGUUUUCCCUUUUACUCGGUUUUUUUGCAUCUUUUUCAAGAAAAUUUAAUAUCAUCUUUGUGUUUAUCUAUUAUAUGUUCCAUGAUAACAAUCAAUUUUUGGAUAACCUUAUCAUUUAUUUGAAUACUUUUCAUCUCAACGACUUAUUUGUGUAUGUGUGUGUGUCCUCACUCUUUAAUCAAGAUCAAAGAUCAACUUUUGGAAAUCUUUGUUUUCUCUCACUGUUGGUUUAACAGCAACAAUUUAUUGUCUCUCUAUCGUUUAUAUGUGUCUUGAUUGUGACAAACAAUUGAAAAUAAUUAUAAGAUUGUUACUUUAAACCAUCCAAAGCCAAUCCAAUGGCCUCUUCACUUAAUCAUGGAGGUGGUACAAGUUCAUCCACCAAGAAACAUAGAUUCAGCUUGGAACGAUUCUCACUUCGACGUUUCCUCAAUUCAACCGCUUUAGGACGUACAGUUGGUACUGGAAGUAAACCUCGUAAUCCAAGCCAGAGAGAUUUACAUAUUGAGGUAUCACUUAAAUCUGAAACUUUUCAAGCUUACAAUUCAUCAAUUGAUUUUGAAUCAAAUUCAAUAUCAAGUAGUGGUGAUACACGAGAUCCAAAUACUACUCAAUUUAAUUAUCUUCACAAUCGUAAUGGUCCAGGUCACUUAUUACCAAAUUCAAACGUUUCCAUAGGUGGUGAUGGUGGUACAUCAUGUAAAUCAAUCAAUUCACCUUCAAUGAUCGGAGUAGCAUCAGGUUCAACAUCAACACCUACAGCAUCUUUACCACCACCAACAACAUCAAUGGAAUGUCCUUUAUGCCUUCUCGAAUUAACUUCAGAUUGUUUUCCACUGUUGACAACAUGCUCACAUCGUGCCUGCCACACUUGUCUUCAACAAUAUCUUAAGAUAGAAAUUUCCGAGAGUCGAAUUAACAUAUCGUGUCCCGAAUGUACUGAACCUAUCCAUCCAAACGAUAUCAAAGCCAUCCUUGCCGAUGAAAUUUACCUUAACAAGUAUGAAAAUUUUAUGCUUCGUCGAGUCCUUGUAACCGAACCUGAUGCCCGUUGGUGUCCAGCACCCGAUUGUGAUUAUGUUGUAAUUGCCUCGGGUUGCGCCUCUUGUCCUAAACUUCGAUGUUGCCGACCAGGUUGUGAGACCUCAUUUUGUUACCAUUGUAAACAAGAAUGGCAUCCAAAUCUUACCUGUGAUAGUGCUCGUAUCAUGAGAAAUAAAGAUCAACGUCGACACCAUCAAAGUUACAAAGCACGUUCUUCCUCUCUCACCUCUAGUCAUGAUUCAAUUAAACUUCGAGAUGAUGUUAAACCUUGUCCUUCUUGUCGUGUUUCCAUAAUAAAAAUUGACGAUGGAUCAUGUAACCAUAUGACCUGUUCCGUUUGUGGUGCUGAAUUUUGUUGGCUUUGCAUGAAACGUAUCGGUGAUCUUCAUUUCCUAUCACCUUCAGGAUGUACCUUUUGGGGUAAAAAGCCAUGGUCACGUAAGAAAAAAAUUAUGUGGCAACUUGGUAUGUUGGUUGGUGCACCAGUUGGAAUUGCACUUAUCGCUGGAAUCGCUGUUCCUGCCAUCAUAAUAGGUGUUCCUGUUUGGGUUGGACGUACUCUUCAUGCUCGUUUUGCAAAACAAUCAAUGAAUCAACAUAAAAAGAAUCUCCUGGUUACUUCCGGUGUGGUUACUUCCGUUCUAAUAUCGCCCAUUCUAACAGCCGUUGCCAUAGGUAUCGGAGUACCAAUUCUAUUGGCCUACGUGUACGGAGUGGUUCCCAUAUCUUUGUGUCGCUCCGGUGGGUGCGGAAUAUCAACCUCAUCUUCAGGAGUUCGAUUUGAUUUAAAUGACGAGGAAAGCGAAAUGGGACUUAACGCAACUUCAUUUGCUCCUGAUGGCUUAAGCGUGGACACUGCAGUGAGUAACAAAGGUGUUAAUCCAAGUAUCGGCGAGGUUUCUUUUGGCCUGUCCACCAGUCUUAGUAUGGGCGGAAGUGGAUGUCACCUUGAUAAGAUGUUCAUUGAUCGAGAUGCAUCUAAUGCCGCUUUAGCCGGAAGUAUAACGGGAUCAUCUAAAUUGCAGGAAACUCUUUCAAUGGGUGGACCAUCAUCUUCAUCAUGUAACAAACGAUUCAGUGUAACCAGUAGUGAGCAGCAAAGUGAAACCGCUUCAAAUACUAUCUCUUUCAGUGAGAGAUGUUCAACCAACCUUUCACUUGGAGAUGAUGCUUCAACUAAAGCAUUAGCGGGAUCCAUUGUAGGCUAUAAAGAUGUUUGCAUUGGUACUAAUUCAUCAUCUUCAUCAUCAUCUGGAGGAGGGAAUACAGUUAAUCCUGGAUCAAAUUCAAUUACACCGGUUGAGAUUCACGUUACUGAAUCAUCUAAUCAUUGUAUCAUCGGGAGUAAAAGUUGUCACUGUGAAGACUCAUUAAGCACCAAAAGUGCUAAAUUAAUCGGGGAAAUUAAACCUUCCACUGGUGAUAAUUAUCAUAAUAUCACUCCAGUUGCUGGUACAUCAAGUGCCACUGGUACUAAUUCUGGUGGAUCAAAAUGUGUCUCAUUCCAGUCAGUUGGUGGUGGAACCAAAGGAAAAUUAAAUAAAUAUGAAUCACGAUCAUGUGAACAUUUAGCUAAUUAUUGUAUCAUUUGUGAUCAAAUCCAUAGACCAUGUUGUCCAGUUUAUGUUGUUAAACUGUCCAUGCAAACCAAUGACACAAGACAAACAAUGCCAACAUCAUCAACUCCAACCACAUCAAUUACAACACAAACUACAAUCCAAGCAUCAUCAUCAUCAUCAUCAUCAUCUUCCUCUUCAUCAACCACCACACCAACAAUAACGACCUCCUUAUCAUCAGCCAUAUCAUCAACAUUAUCAUCUUGUUCCUCUUCCUCAUAUUCAAAAGACGAUUCUUCGAGUAAUAAUAAUAGUCCAAUGAACAAUUCAACUUUCACAAUGUCCCCUUCUUGUUCAUCUUUCCACUCUUAUCAUCAACCCGCUCAACGUAAAGAAAGCAUCAAAUCAACCACCUCAGAUACAACACCCACUCAAGGUAGUCAAGGCGGAGGAUCAAGUUCCACUCAUGGUUCCAACGGCGGUGGUACCAAUACAUUUGAACGAUUGAAAAGUUUGGAUCGAUCCAAAGCUUUCAGUAAAGAUAUUGACACAACAUCAACCCUCGCCAACUCAACAUGUCUAUCAACCCAUUCACCAUCCGUUAACAAUUAAUUGAUCGUAAAUUGAUUAGCUUUUUAAUUGAUUUCAUAUAAAUUGAUUUAAUUACGACAAUUUUGUAUUAUAAUCCUACCCGAAGGCAUAACAAAAUCAUAGAUUUAUAUUUAUAUACAAAUUGUUGACUAUGAAGAUACUAAAGAUGAUCAAUAUCAGUAAUUUAAGCAAAGUCAACUAACAAUCGGAUCAAUAGGCUGAUGUGUUGAUGAUUAACCAGAGAAAAUGUAAACAUCAACAACAAUUAACCAAAGUAACCAAAGCCUCACCAAAAGUGACUCAAUUUAAAUUGUCGGUUCUAAAAUCAACCCAAUUUAAUCUUGCUCCAAUAUCAUUUUCAUCUCCCUUUUCCCUAUUACUCUCACUCAUCUUCCAAUUUUUGUUUGUGAGGAUUACCAAGCUGCUCAAUUUAAUAUGUCAUCUGAUAUCUUUAUGUAAUAUUUAUAUGAUUUGGAGAUAACUUAUAUAAUUAAUCAUCAACAAUUUAAAAAUCUUCUUACAGGAAAAGUAAGCAAGUUGAUGAUUUGGAGGAAACAGUGAACCCGAUGUGAGAUGUAAGAUAAUUCAAUCAUCAUUCAACUUCCCCGUGUAUUGAAUUAAAUUGAUAAUAAUACAAUAACAACAAUCGAUUAUGAUGAUGAUAAUGAUGAUGAUGACGAUUACAACUCUGGUGAUAACUAUUCCCUGAAUUUAACCCUGAAUGAAAAUGUCGAUCUCGUUCCUUGUAUCUCUUACAUUUCGUAUUCAUCAAAUCAUCUCUCUCUCUCUCUCUCUCUCUCUCUUUCUUUCUUUUUACUCUCAAUUUUGACCAAAAUUAUGUAUUAAGUGUAACACAAUUAACUGGCUUACUAAUCACUACAAUUAAGGUUUAUCCUUUUAAUUCAUUUAUAUAUAAAUCAGAUUGUAUUAUCCAUCAAACCCAAUCUUUAUCUUCCUCUAGAGUUCAUCAAAUCUAUCACUUUAUCACAAAUAUCUAUGAAAUACUGAAUGUAAAUUGAUUAAUGAUUAUUAUUAUUGUAAAUUAACUCAACAAUUAAUCUUAAUACAACUUUUCUCAGGUUUAUAAAUCUAUUAAUAUUUACAUGAUAAUCAUGAAAAUAAUGUAAUAAUGAAAGUAAAUUGGUUAUUGAUCAUAAUUGUUUAUAGAUUGAUAAUCAGAUUACUUUUGUCUAUUGGUAUCAGUUUUAUGUAACUUUGAUAUUCAUCAUCAUCAUAAUCAUCAAACAAUUUACCUGGAAAAAAUAUUUAUAAAUAACAAUAUGAUUAAUUUUAUACAUCACAUUAAAUAUGAAAA